AUGGGGAUGUACGAGUCUGCGAGGACAAUAUGCAACCUCCCAAGAGUAGAGGGUAGACUGCUUGCCAUGACCGUUACCGUGCUUCAGUUGUUUCUUAUGAGUUCGCAGGAUACCCUCCGCUUCGCCGCUGUAAAAACUCUAAACAAAGCCGCCACGCGGUUUCCUCUUGGUCUCCAGUGGCCCCGUGCAAUCUCGACCUGGAAAACGCUAAUUCAGGACGAUAAUAAAACCGUCGCGGUAUUGGUUAUCACAACGCUUCUCAAGACGGGCUCAGAAAGCUCUAUCGAUAAGCUGGUCCCACAGAUUCAUCCGCUUUUGGAGCCCAUUAAUUACGAUUUUAAGGCUGAACUGUGCGGUGGUUUUGGAGAGCUCGCCUUUAAGUUUCCGCAGCACCACGCUACCAUCAUUCGCUUUUUGGCAACUAGCCUACGGGAUCAAGGCGGCCAUGUGUUCAAGUCGGCCGUGGUUGACACGCUAGUGAAGCCCAUUAACGCACUACCAGACGCCAAGGAAUUGGGUCUUCUCCAUCUUUGCGAGUUCAUUGAAGACUGCAAAUUUGCGCUUCUCUGUACACGUAUACUUCACUUUCUAGGCGACGAAUGCCCCUCCAUGCCCCGCCCAUCACAGAUAUAUCCACAACCGCGUGGUUCUGGAGAGCGCAUGUGUUCGAGCGGCUGCUGUUCUGCGCUAGCGAAUUUUGCUGUGAAGCAUGACGAGCUUGUUGAGUCAAUCCUUGUUCUUCUCUCCUGCUGCAAGUACCACACAGAUGAUGAAGUUCGUAGCCCUCUUCCCCUCUCCGCCGCCCCUCGCGCUUCUCUUGAGCCCUCUAGCGCCUUGCCCUCCUCCCCUACCUCUGCGCAAUUAUUCUCAUCACGCCCGACGCGCAUCGGGAGUCAGCCCGCUCUUAUAUUCCACGUCUUUAGGGAAGGGUGUACGAGAGGGAAUGGGCGGAUGUUCCAGAACUCGAAGCCCUGGAUUUUUUUCAGCGUUCUCGAAACGUUUCUCUUAGUCCACAGCCCCCAUUCGGUUAAUAGUAAUGCUAACGGAGAGCGAAACAGAAUUUGUUGUUCGCUGUGUCAGACACGUGCUUGACGAUCAUCUCGCGCUCCAGUUUUUAGUCACCAAUACAAUUAAGGACGCUGUAUUAAGGGACUUGACGGUUCAUGUUAGUGUGGAGACACGUGUCUCUUGCUGUGUAACGGUCUCUGUGCGUGUAUAUACAUAAGUUUUGGUUUAGAGCAAUGAAGACUUCAAACAAGUUUUUGUCCGACCUGUUUCCAUUCUUUCUGGUGGAGAGACCAAAAGCGUCUUUGUCGUUUUAGCGCGUGCUCCUUCCGAUGCCACGUGCUUUUCUGCUGUAUUUACCAACACAUUAAAGUUUGUUUUCUUGGAGUCGGGAGUCGGGAGUCGGGAGUCGGAGGCCUUGAGGACGAAUACAAAAUUGAGAAUCUUCACGUGACUGUGGCCGACUAUGUACACCCUGAGGAGCUCCACGACUUUUCUACAGCUUGGACCCAAUUAGACGACGCAGCAGAAGUUGUCCAUGUGGUUCAACUACCACAUCUUCGAAGUCUGGAGAAGACAACGGUCUCUCUUUCCAAGCAACUUGGCGCUGUGAAAAAAUCUUCGAGAUUUUAAAAUCAAUGCCUUCUCUUUUUAAAGUUUAAUUUGUAAAGGGAUGUAUUCCUGCGACAAUACCGACAGAGUGUCCCCAGAAACCCAUUUUCAUGUUAUUCUAUUGGUCGGCCGAUUUUGUGGGGAUCUUCUCGUCCUGGUCAGAGCCAAAAUGGCUCUUCAGGCAAACUCAGGCGUUACUAUACAGUUGGCCAUCCGUUCCAUCUCUUCAGAUCUUUCUUCAACACUUUUCACUGAGAUAAUCAAAGUUAUACAGGAAAGUGGCGGGAGCAGUUAAUUUCAAAUAUUUAAGUAUGAACUAUUUUAUUUUCGUAAAUUCUAAACCCACGUGAGAGGAACAAGAUAAAUAAAAAACGUUUUUCUUUCC